AUGGCUGACGAUAUAGAUUUUAAUGAUGUUAUUGAAGAUAUUUUCUUAAGUGAGAACACAUUAUGCCAGGACAGCUAUAAGGAAGGUUUCAGGGUUGGAUCCGAGGAAGGGAACCCCGAGGGUUAUCACUUAGGAUACCACAGAGGAGCUGAAAUUGGACGGGAAUUGGGAUAUUACUUAGGUAUAGUUACAAACUGUAUAGAACAAAACAAUUCUGAUGAAAAACAAGAAGAUAGACUUACAGAUAAGACAGUAAAACAAUUAGAGAAAGUAAAAGGACUCAUUGAAACAUUUCCUCGGAAUAACUCAGAGGAUCAUGAUAUACUGGCCCUCCUAGAGGCUAUAAGAGCACAGUAUAAAAAAGUGUGUGCUAUGCUCAAAAUAUCAUCAAAUAAUCCAUAUAGUGGUGAUAUAUCUUUUUAA